UUGCUGUCCUGCAACUCCUCACACCAUCAACAACCAUCACCACCACCGCCGCCACUUAACGCGUCCUUUUCCCUCUGGCAUUUAUCAGCCGGCCAUCCUCCUCCCCCAGUCACAAUCGGUAGUCCUUACCAUCGCAUACUCCCCUCCCAAUUCCCUCUCACCCAGUUACGAUGGCCACCAACGUUACCCCCUCCAAGAAGGCUGCUUCUGCCAUGGAGUCUCUGAAGAUGGAGUCUCCCGUCAAGAAGCUCGCCUUCGCCGGCAAGGAGAACGCGUCCAUUGAUGCCGAUGUCGACGCCAUCGUCACCAAGAUCGAGGCCCAGAAGAAGCACGAGGAGAAGGCUGCCGCCCCCGCCGUGCGAGCUGACGAGGUCGACGAGCCCAUCCUGCAGGAGAACCCCCAGCGUUUCGUCCUGUUCCCCAUCAAGUACCACGAGAUUUGGCAGAUGUACAAGAAGCACGAAGCUUCAUUCUGGACCGCUGAGGAGAUCGACCUGUCCAAGGAUCUCCACGACUGGAACAACCGACUGACCGACGACGAGAGGUUCUUCGUCUCGCACAUCCUCGCCUUCUUCGCCGCGUCUGACGGCAUCGUCAACGAGAACCUCGUCGAGCGGUUCAGCGCCGAGGUCCAGAUCCCCGAGGCCCGAUGCUUCUACGGCUUCCAGAUCAUGAUGGAGAACAUUCACUCCGAGACCUACUCUCUCCUCAUCGAUACCUACAUCAAGGAGCCCGGCCAGAAGACCCACCUCUUCAACGCCAUCGACACUAUUCCGUGCAUCCGCAAGAAGGCCGACUGGGCUCUCCGCUGGAUCACUGAUAAGAAGUCUACCUUUGCCCAGCGUCUCAUCGCCUUCGCUGCCGUCGAGGGUAUCUUCUUCAGCGGUGCUUUCGCCUCCAUCUUCUGGCUCAAGAAGCGCGGCCUCAUGCCUGGCCUGACCUUCUCCAACGAGCUCAUCUCCCGUGACGAGGGUUUGCACACCGACUUUGCCUGCCUGCUCUUCACACACCUGAAGAACCGGCCAAGCAAGGAGGUGAUCAAGCGCAUCAUUACGGACGCCGUCGCCAUCGAGCAGGAGUUCCUGACGGAGGCGCUCCCGUGCGCCCUGCUGGGCAUGAACGCGAACCUGAUGAAGCAGUAUAUCGAGUUCGUCGCGGACCGGCUGCUCGUCGCGCUCGGCAACGACAAGGUGUACCGGUCGUCGAACCCGUUCGACUUCAUGGAGAACAUCUCGCUCGGCGGCAAGACCAACUUCUUCGAGAAGCGCGUCGGCGACUACCAGAAGGCGGGCGUCAUGGCUAGUACCAAGAAGAACGCCGCCGCUGAUGACGACGGCGCGGUGUCGGCCGAGGCCCAGGACGGGAACGGCGGCGACUUCACCUUCGACGACGACUUUUAAGCUGGUCCCCUCCGAAGCAACUAUCUCACCGCCGCCGGUGCGAGUCGCCCAUCCCUGUUCGCGCUGCACUUCUCCCUACCCUGACUCACAGGAUACCUUGCGAUACCCCCAUUUUCUUUGCUAGACAUUGCGUCCUGUACAAUUACGUGCCCCCUCUUCGUCCCACACCGUCGCGUUGCCGAUGGUGAUCGCAGACACGGGGGGGGACCCCUCUCCCACUAUUUUAUAGAGGAAAAUUCUUGCUGCUGCUGUUGCUGCUACGGCUUUCCUCCCUCAGAUAUAGACCGGGCGAAUUAAACACUUCUCGGCGAUGCAAGGGGGGCGGUUCUGGCGGCGGUAUUGCUAGAUUGUCGAGGGUUCUCCCCCUCUUAAGCUGCUCGGGCAAGACUGAGGGUUGGGUUUCCUUUACUGCAUAUCUUCACUCAUGCGUUUUCCCUUGUACAUGUUGUCCUUUCCUCUAGUCCGU